AUGAUGCGACCGAGAGACCCCCGAGUCCGGCAGACAAUCAACCAGAUCUCGCAUAACCUCGAGUCUGCGAAUGAGACGGCCCAAGAGGGCAUAUAUACAUUUUCUCAUAAUUACAUCUUCCCCUGUUUCACCGCCAUUGGGAACUGCAUCUAUGCAUGCACUGAACCCUGUCUCCCUAGUCGCGAAGACCACCUUCGACGCCGCCGACAACGCUAUGCAGAAUUCGAUUUCUACGAUGACUGGGAGAAUGAAGAGGCCGAUGAUACGAUCCUAGGCUGGGGGACGGAUGAACUGGACCGUCUUUUGGCGGGAAGCGGAUUGGCGCGGGGAAGCGCAGAACAGCCGCGUCAGCAGCGGAAAAUGAGCUAUGGAACUCGACGAACGAGCAGGAGGAAAAGCGGUCUUCUGGUCCCCGAUGAUCGUAAUGACCCAACCGUUAUUCCCAGUUCAUCCUUCCUCGGUUUCCUCGAACGCUUUCCCUGGAGACUGGGCGCCCGGGGACUCAAGUACAGACCGUCCGCGGCUGACCUUCAGGAGCACCCGACAGGGUUGCGACGACAUGUUUAUGAGGAGAGUCCUCUGAUGGAGGCCGCAGAGGAAUCCGAUAGCCGGGUGGCUAAUAGUCGCAAUGCACGAUACCGGAGUUCGACACAAUCGUCACGGGAGACGACGAAUUCGCUGAGUUCGCGAGGCGAUUUGAUUCCAAGCGAUGAAGAGGAGGAUGCAGUCCCUCUGGAUGAUGAAUUUGCCAUGAUUCUUACCAGCCGUCGAGGAACAGGCCUGGAGUCGGACGACCAAGGAGGAGAUAAACCAGAAAGUAUGAGGUCUACGUCUGGCACCUUCAGCUUAGCAUCCUCCAAGGCGUCGAAGAGGAAGAGAAAGAAGCAGAAGAUGCGCGCCAGCCGCAUGCGGUCGCCCCAGAGCUCAUACGCAGACGUCUCUCAUGAUGCGACACCCAUUUCGAUUGAGGAUCUGAAGAGGGAGGAAGAGCAGAUUGAACAAGAAGAGGAAUCCGAAGUUGCACGGAGACGACUUGCUGCCCAGCAACUCGCGCUGAGCCGAGGCAUUAGCUUGGGAAAUAUCAGGACUGCUUCUCUACCACGAUCCUCAACCGCAUCUUCAGAUCUCGCCCACCGUGCUUCCUCUGCCAAUAUGCGGCCGCUAGAGUCAGGUGGUGAGCAUGACUUGACCGAUGGGCGUUCCAGGAUAUCACGACGCGAGUCAAACUCGCACCUGGACGAGGAAGAUUCACGAACUGAGCCAUUUCCACCUUUCCCCAUGACGCCCUCUUUGCCAUCACCUGAGGUUAAUUCCAUGCAUGAUGAUCCCACAGGACACAGUGCACAACUACGUAAAACCAAGGACGAUUCCUCAAACCACGCUCCUGAAGAUGACGGUACGGCAUAA